AUGGAAGAGCAUAGGGAUUCAGCUCGAUUCGAAUGCCUAAUUUGUUUUGAUGUGGCCCAUGAGCCAGUUCUUACCCUCUGCGGACAUCUAUAUUGGUAAUUGUAACUUAGCUGAAGCUGUAUUUACAAUUGGCUGCAGCAAAAUCGUCAAUCACACACAUGCCCUGUUUGUAAUUCAGGAAUUUCAAACGAAACUAUAAUCCCUAUCUACACCAAAGAAGAAAACAGGCCUCACAAUGAAAAUCUGCCACCACGGCCAAGUGCUCAGAGGCAAGAGCCAGUUAGAAACGAAGGAUAUAAUCCAUUUCGUAAUCUCGGCGAACGAUUUGGCUUUGCAGGCCCUGGCGAAGGUGUCACUAUGUCAGCUGGCUUUGGAUUUUUCCCACCAGUUGCCCUAUUGCUCGCCACAACGAAUUUUUCAUCAGGAGACUCAGCUUAUGCUCCUUUAGAUACAAUAGCUCCGAAAUCAAUUUUAGCGUGCACAAUGGUUUUAUUUAUGUUAUUAAUGUUUAUUGCAUUCAUUUAA